AACAGAAAACAUGACUUUUGGAUCAAGAUCUUUUGGUGUAUAUGGUUUCAUUAGUUACUUUUGACCUGCUUUGUAUGCUGUAUCUAUGUGCUUAUUGUGUCUUGGACUCUGCAGAUUAUGAAAAGUAAUGGUUCUGUUUCUCCCUCUUACUAGACCACCUUCUCUUUGAUAAAGGAGAAAUUAGGCAAGCUGUGACUUGAGAGAUUGAUUGAAUGGCAAAAGUUUGUUGGCCAUAUUUUGAUCCAGAGUAUGAGAACUUCAGCAAUAGAAUCAACCCUCCAAGGGUCUCUGUGGACAAUGAUAGUUGCCAUGAUUGUACACUGAUCAAGUUCGAUAGUAUUAACAAACCUGGAAUCCUGCUGGAAGUUGUGCAGACCCUGACAGACCUUGACUUCAUAAUCACCAAAGCUUACAUAUCUUCUGAUGGUGGAUGGUUUAUGGAUGUAUUUCAUGUCACGGAUCAGCAAGGAAAGAAGAUAACAGACAGCAAAACUAUUGACUUCAUUGAAAAGGCUCUAGGACCAAAAGGCCAAAGCACGGAAGGGGUGAAAAGUUGGCCAGGAAAAAGGGUUGGAGUGCACUCAAUUGGUGAUCACACAGCCAUUGAGCUCAUUGGUAGAGAUCGCCCUGGUCUCUUAUCUGAGAUAUCAGCUGUGCUUGCUAGCCUCCAAUUCAAUGUGAUAGCAGCUGAAGUUUGGACCCAUAAUAGGAGAAUAGCUUGUGUCCUUUACGUCAAUGAUGCUACAAACCAAGCGUUGGAUGACUCAAAAAGAUUGUCCAUUAUGGAGGAGCAACUCAACCACAUUCUGCGUGGAUGUGAGGAUGAUGAGAAAGUGGCUCGGACUAAUUUCUCAAUGGGUUCCACCCAUAUGGAUCGGAGGCUCCACCAAAUGUUCUUUGCUGAUAGGGACUAUGAAAGUGCUGGAGUGACAACAACAGAUGUUGAUUGUCCUCCCUCUUUCAGGCCAAAAAUCAGAAUCGAACGUUGUCAGGAAAAAGGUUACUCAGUGGUUAGUUUGAGAUGCAAAGAUCGGGCAAAAUUGAUGUUUGACAUUGUUUGCACUCUCACUGAUAUGCAGUAUGUUGUUUUCCAUGCUACAAUCUCAUCGGAAGGGCCUUAUGCUUCUCAGGAGUACUUUAUCCGGCACAUGGAUGGAUGCACACUUGAUACUGAAGGAGAGAAAGAAAGGGUCAUCAAAUGCAUUGAAGCAGCAAUUCAAAGAAGAGUAAGCGAGGGAGUGAGCCUUGAGCUAUGUGCAAAGGACAGAGUGGGGUUGCUGUCUGAAGUGACUAGGAUUCUAAGAGAGAAUGGCUUAACAGUUCGUAGAGCAGGUGUAUCAACCAUAGGGGAAAAAGGCCUAAAUGUGUUCUAUGUGAGAGAUGCAUCUGGGAACCCAGUGGACAUGAAGAUCAUCGAAGCACUACGCAAAGAGAUUGGCCAGACAGUGAUGGUUAAUGUUAAGAGGGUACCUGCUAAUGCCAAAGCACCAGAAACCAAAGGAUGGGCUAAAACAAGUUUCUUCUUUGGGAACUUGUUGGAAAGGUUCUUGACCUGAUGAGAUUUGAGAAUCAUGCUACUGACUCUAGUUGCUUGGUAAAGGACACAUCACAAUGUGUGUAUAUAACAAUAAGGUUGUUGUGUGGUCAAAUUUGGGCAGUGCUUGAACUUGGUCCUUAUGUUUUAAACCAAUGCUUGUAACCUGUAACUUAUGUUUACUAUUUCCUGUGCCAUGCCCAUCCCUCAGUGUUAUCCUAUUUUAACUCCCGUAUCCUUUCAAUAACUCUAUCUUAAUAUU